GGCGAUCCCCACCACAGGCAAUGAACAAAUAUGACCCGAUCUCUUUCCCCUCAAUAAAUAAUGAGUGCUUUUACUCCUACGCUUCAACUUCGGCAUCCCCUGGAUCUCGCCUUUCGGGCAUUGAGCCGAACGUCAAACGACUGCAGGAUGACAAUUGUGAAAUCUCUAUCAAAAUCCUUCCGUUUUGUGCCACCAGCACCUGUGUGGUCUCGAUUUGACGUCGGGGAAGAUGCAGAAAAUGCUUUGGACGAUCAGCAAUCAGGAGUGUUUCGAAUACCAAAAAGUAGUUUGCCUCCACGUAAGCAGCUGGACGCGGACACCGUCAAGUUACUAGAGCGAGUUUCCCUGACCGAAUUUGGCUCAGAAAAAUGUCUUACAGUGCUCGAAGAGGCGAUUCGUUACGCGGACCCACUACUAACAGACUGCGCCUUCUUCGGCACAACCUCUGACAACCGGUGGUCUUGGGACACAGUGGCGCCAAUGUACAGCCUAACAGAGCACAGUUGUCCAUUGUAUGCUGACGACCCGACAGACUUCAAUCCAUCAGUCGCGACCAGCAUCAUGGAACAAGCACCAGUUGCAUGGGAGGGCUACCUUGUGGCCCCUCCAGGGAACAUCCCGGUGGAACCAAAAGGAAUAGUCCGCACGCAAUCGAAGCAAUAACAGUGUAUUAUAUGCCGUAGUAUUUGCAGACAAGUAUCUCACUGCACUGAUCAGCAAUGAAUCCUUGUUUUUACUAAAUAAAUUUAUAUUCCUCGACGAUGCAAGAAGCUGUUCCCUAAAAAGAAAAGAUCAAAUAAUGGUACGACCUUUCCAUGACAUCGCAUUAAUACAUUCUCAGAAAUAAACAUGGGUGUAAUUGCA